GCAACUUCAACUGUGAGGUUGUUUUAAUCAACUGGCCCCACGGUCCCCAAUCACUCCUGGAACAGGGCGGUGGAGGCGGCCAGGGUGCUAAGGGGAGAGGGAUGCGGCACACGCGGCCCCGAGGCGUGCCCCGCAGUUAGGCCUCUUCCAGCCGCCGCUGCCCGGGCCUCCGAGCCGCUGCCAGCCAGGGCCCAUCCAGGAGGCCCUCCUGACGGCCACCCCUCAGCUCCAGCCGCAGAGAAACCUGGCAGAUCGCAGAGCCGGCAUGGAUCCGGACAGCAAUCAACCCCUGAACAGCCUUGAUGUCACCCCACUGCGCAAACCCCGCACUCCCAUGGAGACCUUCAAAAAGGUGGGGAUCCCCAUCAUCGCAGCCUUGCUGAGUGUGGCGAUCAUCAUCAUCGUGGCUGUCCUCAUCAAGGUGAUUCUGGACAAAUACUACUUCCUCUGCGGGCAGCCUCUCCACUUCAUCCCAAGGAGGCAGGUGUGUGAUGGCCAGCAGGACUGUGCCUCAGGGGAGGACGAGCAGCACUGUGUCAAGAACUUCCCCGAUGAGUCCCCAGUGGCAGUCCGCCUCUCCAGGGACCGAUCCACCCUGCAGGUGCUGGAUCCAGCUACAGGGAGCUGGGCCUCUGCCUGCUUUGACAACUUCACAGAAGCUCUGGCCAAGACAGCCUGUGGGCAGAUGGGCUAUGACAGCAAACCCACCUUCAGAGCUGUGGAGAUCAGCCCAGACCAAGAUCUGGAUGUUGUUGGAAUCACAGAGAACGGCCAGGAGCUUCAGGUGCAAAACCCAAGUGGACCCUGUCUCUCAGGCUCCCUGGUCUCCCUGCACUGCCUCGCCUGUGGGGAGAGCCUGAAGGCCCCUCGGGUGGUGGGCGGGGAGAAGGCCUCUGUGGAUUCUUGGCCCUGGCAGGUCAGCAUCCAGUACAACAAACAACAUAUCUGCGGAGGGAGCAUCCUGGACCCCCACUGGAUCCUCACGGCAGCCCACUGCUUCAGGAAGCAUCACGAUGUGUCCAACUGGAAGGUGAGGGCUGGCUCUGACAAAUUGGGCUCCUUCCCAUCCUUGCCUGUGGCCAACAUCUUCGUCUUUGAGCUCAACACCACGUAUCCUAAAGAGAAGGACAUUGCACUUGUGAAGCUGCAGUUCCCACUCACAUUCUCCGGCACAGUCAGGCCCAUCUGCCUGCCUUUUUUUGAUGAGGAGCUCAUUCCAGCCACCCCACUCUGGGUCAUCGGAUGGGGCUUUACGGAGCCGGAUGGAGGAAAGAUGUCCGACACCCUGCUACAGGCAUCUGUCCAGCUCAUUAACCACACUCGGUGCAAUGCAGAGGACGCAUACCAGGGGGAAGUCACCAAAAUGAUGCUGUGCGCAGGCAUCCCGGAGGGCGGCGUGGACACCUGCCAGGGUGACAGCGGUGGGCCCUUGAUGUAUCACUCUGACCAGUGGCAGGUGGUGGGCAUCGUGAGCUGGGGCCAUGGCUGUGGGGGUCCCAGUACCCCGGGAGUGUACACCAAGGUCACAGCCUAUCUCAACUGGAUCUACAAUGUCCGAAAGUCUACACCAUGAUGCUGCGGCCCCUUCAUAUUGCUGGAAGCUGCCUCCCCCUGUCCUGCCCACUGGGGAUCCCCCUAGAAGUCAGACAGAGCAAGAGCCCCUGUGGGCACACCUCUCUGCCAAUCACCUCAACAUUUCUUGGUGCAGCAAAGGGCUUCCAUUCCUGUAAAAGACAUCACAGCCCACAGGCACCCAGAGGAAAUCAACACCACCAGCUCCGCCACCCCCGGGGCUCCUGGCAUCCCAAGGAGAAAGAUACAGCCUACUGAACAGGCCAGCCUUUUGGCCAAGGUCUCUGAAGGCAUUGCUAAGCCAGGAAGGAACUUUCCUAUUCUACUAAAUGGAAGUAGACUCUUCAGUGAGAGCUCAGAUCACCAAGUAGACUCUCCAGUAAGAGCUCAGAUCACCCCAUGAAGGGAGAAAAGGCUCUGAGCCAGCCCUCUCCACCACCCAUCCUCAAGCCCAUCCAGGAAGAAACCAGUUGUAAUGUAAAAUGCACAGUCCUGCUAUUGGCUCAAUACUAUUACUUAAUGUUAUGACAGUUCUAUGGAUGCUGCUACUAAACAGGUGUGUAAAGUCUGACACUGGUGGACUGGGCUGCAUGCUAAGAACUGAGCUGAGACUAUUGCAUCAUUCCUGCACCUGGGUAGGAAAAGGUCCUAGGGAGACCACUGAUACCCAAAGAAGGAAAAAGGAGACCCAAAGACGGGAGAUAACACCUAUGACUUGGGAGAGAGAGGAUCUGCAUGCUUAAGGCUGAUGGUAAACUAUGGCUCCCCCAGUGCCUGGAAAGAAAUACUGCACCUGAGUCCUCACUUCUACCUAGAGAGCCCUGGGCAUGGUUGCUUUCAUUCUUUAUAAAAAAUAAAAUAAAAAAGUACACACACACACACACACACAUAUAUAUAUAUAUAUAUAUAUAUGCAAAGUCUGAAGUGGGACCUAAGUAGGGUUCUGGGAACAUAAUCAUGAAUAAGUCUUGCACUCAAAUUGUCAGAGAAUUAAGCCCCAUGGACUUCUCUGGCCACUGUAUGGGGGCCCAGGUAUUCUGAAAACCCUCCUGGUCAGAUCUUAGAUGAAUAGGCUUUACUAGGUUCUCAAGAAAUAGAAAUCUUCAAAGACCAAAUAAAAACAUGAAUAAACACAUAUAAAUAAAACAAAAUUAUCAGAAUCGUGAGCUGAAAUGAAGGUAGAGAUUUGAGAGCAACAGCUAACUAAAAUCUUGGGUUGUCCAAGGGACCAAGACCUAUAUGAAAGUUGAGAUCAGAACUAAACCUAGACCCAGUGCUCACCAUCAAAGAUCAGCCAAGGUUUUUUAAAAAGAAAAUCCCAGGAGUGGGAAUCAUCAAAAAUAGUCAAGGACCUUAUGUUAGAAUUGCCAGGUUAUAAGAAAAACUGAUACUAUAGAAUAUGUCUAUGUGCCAGACAUUAUUCUAAGUGUUUCACUGUGUAUUAAGUCAUUUAAGACUCAUACAAACCUAUGAGUUAGGUGCCAUUCGUAUCCCAUCCCCAUUUCCAUCCCCAUUUUAUGGAUAAGAAAACUGAGGCUCAAUGAAGCUAAGUACCUUGCCUGAGGUUACAUAUAGGUAAGCUGAAUAUGAGUAUUCUGAUUCCAGUGUUCAUGUUAUAAACUAUCACAUUAUGCCAAUAUCAUAAUUUAUGAAUCUUUAAAUAAAUUUUAAAUGAGGGUCA